AUGCGUUUUUCUUCAGCGGUGGCCUUGCUGCCCGCUGCCAGUGCGAUAUCCAUCUCGCCGUCAGCGACGCCGACUAAUGCGACGGGCCCGAUUGCACUCACCUUCCCUGGUCUUGCCUUUGAGCAGGCUUCGUUCUAUUACUAUUUUGGCAACAAGAGCCAUCCCAACACGUUCUCACAGAACCUGGUGAAGGCCAUUGUCGACAAGACAAAAACAGCCCCGGUCGUUCGUGUCGGCGGUACUUCUCUAGACCAAUCAACAUACGACCCCAACCUCAAAGAACCCGUCUACCUCCCUAACCCGAACCAGGGCAUCCCCAGGAACAUGAAGAUAGGACCCUCCUUCUUCGAAAGCUUCCGCAACAUCCCCGACGCAAAAUACGUCGUGGAUAUCCCCUGGGCGAAAGAGAAUCUCAGCAAUUCGUUGUCCUUUGCCCAAACCGCCUGGAAAUCUGUCGGGUCCUCCAAUAUCUAUGCUCUGGAAAUUGGCAAUGAGCCAGACAACUACCCUGGCCCGGACAGACCGAAGGGCUGGACGCAAAAACAGUUUGGCGAGCAGUGGGGGAAGUGGUCGCGGGCUAUUGCGGAUAAGUUGAAGAUCCCCGUGGAUGGUGGCAUGUUUCAGGCUGUGGCUUUGGCGUCACAGACGGGGAAGACGAAUUUCCCUGGGGGGACGCCGGAAUCAUGGAAGAUUGGGGAUAUCUUCAAGGCCAAGUUGAGUGACUUCACGGACCGAAUGAAGACUGUGUCGAUGCACUACUACCAAACAAAAGCCAAUGAGCAUACCAACGUGCAAGCCGAUGUGAUGAACCAUACCGCCGUGGUCCGAGGCACCGGCUUCAUCAAAGACGCCCUCAAAAGCCUCAAGCCCUACAAGGUCCCACUAUUCCUCGGUGAAGUGGGCAGCUCAAUGGGCAAUAAAACAUCAGGCCCCAUGCUCGGAGGCGUACUGGGUUCCGCUCUGUGGCAGGUGGACUUUUCACUGUACAGCAUGUUCCUAGGAGUCGCUGGAAUCAGCAUGCAAUCGGGGGCGCUAUUCGAGUUCUCUCUCUGGCGCCCCGACUACAACAAAAAGCCCGGCGCCGUGCUGCCCGCCUUCUAUGGGCAGGUAUUCACGGCCGAGUUCCUGGGUACACACAAGGAUGUCAGCGUAGCCAAUCUGGACCUGAACAAAUCGUAUCUGUCGGCAUAUGCAGCCUACGAGGGAAAGACACUGGCGCGUGUGGCGAUUGUGAAUCUGGAGUUGUGGGAUGGCCAUGCAGACAACAAGCCGAAACGCCCCUCUCAGGAGAUUGAGCUUGGUGUACCUGUGGGCACCGAGAAGGUCACUGUUAAGAGAUUGGCCAGUCCCAUGGGUGGGACGGCUUUGCCGUCGGAUCAGAUUACUUGGGGUGGUGUGGAGUGGACGCGCAAAAGUAAUGGGAAGGAGCACAAGGUGGAUGACAAGGGAACGGAGGAGCUGACUGUCAAAAAUAAGAAGGUACAGGUCAAGGUGGACGCGAGUGAGGCGGUGAUGGUUUUCUUGUGA